CCCUUUCCUGUCCACACCCUUUUUGGCGGACCAAUGGAAUCACAUUCCACGCGGCAGAGGAGCCGUUGCGGGCGCGGUGGACGAAUUCCACUCGGCAUGCAACGCGAAAAAAUAUGUUCGUUGUCGACGCGGUGGACGUGUUCCACUCGGCGUGCAACCAUGAAACAUACAGCUGGCCGCAGGUCGAAAAAGGAUUCCGCAUGAUCCCACUUCAGCUGCCUACAUACCCUUUGUUUCAUUUCCAGAGGGGCGCCUCGAGAAAACAACUCACACACGUACAGCAGCAGCAGCUCGUGUGUAUGCUCCUACACUUCGCUGUUAGGCUGCUUUGCCGGGAUAAUUGUUGAUGUUGAUCCUGUCCGCCUCGAGGCCAAGGUCCAGCCUCAGAGCACGGAUGAGCCGCACACGCACACUACUUCGCACGGAGAUGGUGCGUCGCGGUCGCGCAACGCUCAUGCAGCAAGAUCGAAUGAUUGAACAGUGCUGCAACUUCAGCAGGCAACGGUUUCUGAAAGAUACAGCAGCGUUCACACUUGAGGAGGGGACAGGCCGCGCACGCACACUACUUCGCACGGAGAUGGUGCGUCGCGGUCGCGCAACGCUCAUGCAGCCAGAUCGAUGAUUGAACAGUGCUGCAUCUGCAGCAGGCAACGGUUCUGAAAGAUACAGCAGCGUUCACAUCGAGGAGGGGGCAGGGUGAAGGGAGAGGGAGAAAGGUGAUGAUUUUGAUCCUGUCCGCCUCGAGGCCAAGGUCCAGCCUCAGAGCACGGAUGGACCGGCCGCGCACGCACACUACUUUGCACGGAGAUGGUGCGUCGCGGUCGCGCAACGCUCAUGCAGCAAGAUCGAAUGAUUGAACAGUGCUGCAACUUCAGCAGGCAACGGUUUUUGAAAGAUACAGCAGCGUUCACACUUGAGGAGGGGACAGGAAGAAGGGAGAGGGAGAAAAGUUAUGGUUUUGAUCCUGUCCGCCUCGAGGCCAAGGUCCAGCCUCAGAGCACGGAUGAGCCGCGCACGCACACUGCUUCGCACGGAGAUGGUGCGUCGCGGUCGCGCAACGCUCAUGCAGCCAGAUCGAGUGAUUGAACAGUGCUGCAUCUGCAGCAGGCAACGCAAGAUCGAAUGAUUGAACAGUGGCUGCAUCUGCAGCAGGCAACAGUUUCUGAAAGAUACAGCAGCGUUCACACUUGAGGAGGGGGCAGGGUGAAGGGAGAGGGAGAAAGGUGAUGAUUGUGAUCCUGUCCGCCUCGAGGCCAAGGUCCAGCCUCAGAGCACGGAUGGACCGGCCGCGCACGCACACUGCUUCGCACGGAGAUGGUGCGUCGCGGUCGCGCAACGCUCAUGCAGCAAGAUCGAAUGAUUGAACAGUGCUGCAACUGCAGCAGGCAACGGUUUCGGAAAGAUACAGCAGCGUUCACACUCGAGGAGGGGGCAGG